CAGUCACAAAAAAGUCAAACUUUUUACGAAAAGUCCAUCAAAGUUGUUCUUAGGGAAAAUUUAUUUAAAUAGUUCCCAACUAUUAAAGAUGUCUGCGUUUGCGAGGAGCGCCCGAUUUGGUUGCCCUUCAAGGUCAAAUAUGUUGACGCUGAAAUUUGACAAGUCGUCGCUUUGCCCUCGAAAGGUGGUUAUCCCACCUUCCUCUUGCAAGCGGCCGAGCUCGACACUGAGCAAGAAAGGGAGCUAUUGGAAGCCACCGGUGAUCAGAGGGGACGAAGCAGUCUCAACACAGCUUAGUGCAGUCCCUGAUAAUACGGCAGCACCCGCUUGCCGACAAGAAAGUCGCGAAUUUGCAAAUAAGACCAAGCACUCUACUAGGGUGGAGGUGGUCCCAGUUAUCUCGGGAGCUAGAAUUCAAGAAGAUUUAAAACACUACCAACAACAAACUGAAACCUUGGAAAGUCUUCUUGCCGCAGUAAAUCAUAACAAUGAAAACCUGAUGAACGAAAACUUCCUCCUUAAAGCCGAAUUAAAUAAGCUAAAAUAUGAGCUUAAAGUCAAAGACAACAAAAUUGAAUCCCUUCAAGAUGAGCUUGAACGUAUGGAAAAUGAGAAAACAGAGCUAAGGGUGGAGCUGAGGGGAGCAGAGAGGUCUACAGAGGCCACCAAGGGUAUGAUGGCGACGAUGAAAGAAAUGCUCAGGAAGACUGAUGAACAGAAAUUAGCUCUGCAGAAGUACAUUGAUGAUCUUGAGCUGGAGAACAGUGAACUCACUUCACAGUUUGGUAGAUCAUUAGAAAAUCUGAAACAACUCGACCAGAUCCAUGAGAACACAGCAGUCUCCAGUGAGAAUGCCCUUGAGAGAAUGUCAGGACAGGUUGAUGUGCUGAAUACAGCGCUCGAAAAGCUAAGAGAAGAGAAUUCAAGACUAAAGAGUAAGCUAGGUGCUAUAAAGGAUCAUGCUUGGGAAUCUGUACCCAAAGAGACUCCCAAAACAUCCAGUGAUUCACAGAAAGUCAUCAGGCUAUCAAGUCCAUCCACAGACCUGACACCAGACCAGGUGCACAACAAUGUCUUCCUGGCACAAACAACUCUCAGCCAAUCAGAGAGGGAGCUAAUUAGCCAGCGCAACUUGAGCCGUUUAAGGAUGGUCCGUGUUAACCUGAUAGACGCUCUGAAUUAUGGGAGUGGUCAUGUGACAGGCAAGCCCCUAGGAGCACCUCUGAUAGCUGGACAAGUGCACCAUUGUUAGUGGUCUAGCCUCUGCAAUAGACUGGCUGUGCUUUGCCCUGAGGGAGCUGAAUAUGUACCCCACUUGGGAAAACAAUAAAAACAAGUGUAUCAAAUUUAUUGACAUAUACCCCAAUAUAUGUAAUUAAUAAUAGAAAUAUUAUAUAAUUGGGCUGAUUUCAGUAUGAUGUGAAUAUCUUAAUAAACUGACAGCCAUACAGUA